GCUUACUCAAAUUAAUCUAGAUAACUAUAUUCUGGGAAUGUCCCCCUACCCCUAGGAAAUGUAGAAUUAUCAAUAUCCUAAGAAUAGCUUCUUGUCCUGCCACGAAAGAAGCAAUUCCUCAUCCCGCCCGGGGCAAUGUCAGCUUCGUGUCAACUCGAGUGCUCUCUAUUCCAUCUCCUCUCCCUCUCCCCGAUUUCUCUUGCUCGGUCCGGAGUACGGAGAGCACAGAAUCUAGGUCCCAUGUGGCGGGUGUUGUUGUUCUUUGUCCUCAUUUUGGCCGAUAUUGAGUUCGUUCUUUGUCUGCAACUCCCGAACCCUCGAGUUGAUCACAAGCCCUCUUCUGGGUUCUCGCUCCUCCCUCGUCACCUUGGACUUGGAUCCCCUCAUGUUACUGCCUGAAUUCUAGGAUACGCCCCCUGUGAGCAAGCAGUGUUGCGCUGGAAAUCCCUUCUCCUAUUUGACCCAACACCACACAUCCCCCACACAUGCCAGCAAAAGAGGGGUUGGGCCCCUUUGCGGACCUGGUUGUUGAACAGCAGACAGAGAAUAUUGAAUUUGCGAUGGAUAUUGAUGAUGGCUUUGUGCCCCAGCGUGCCUUUGGGACUGCAGCAGAGCGUGCUCGACGGAACAUGAAUGCAAAGCUGGCCAACCCCCUGGCGGGCUAUACGCAUGCGGAGCUGCGCAAGCAAGGAAUUAACUUUGCCAUCACACAUACCAUCGGCGGGGAGGAGGAUAUUCGUGCCUUUGCGAUUGGUGCCGUCCUGGCCCAGGCUCCCGAGAAAUUCGAGACGGUGGCGGGCCUGACGGCUCACGAGCUGGAAGUCUUGCGGAAUGAGUUCGCUCACCGGUGGUCGCAGCCUUGGACCAUGUAUCUGGUAAUCAUACUGUGCUCUCUGUCGGCUGCCGUGCAGGGGAUGGAUGAAACCGUUGUCAAUGGCGCGCAGAUCUUCUACAAGCAUCAGUUUGGAAUCGCAGAUGAGACGGUCUCGCGGUCCAACUGGAUAUCGGGCCUGGUGAACUCGGCUCCAUAUCUAUGCUGCGCGGUGGUGGGCUGUUGGCUGACCGUGCCUUUCAACUCUUGGUUUGGCCGACGUGGAACAAUCUUCAUCACUUGCGUUUUUUCAGCCAUUGCCUGUCUCUGGCAAGGGUUCGUCGGCACCUGGUGGCAUUUGUUCAUCGCGAGAUUCGCGCUGGGAUUCGGCAUUGGCCCCAAAUCGGCCACCGUGCCGGUCUAUGCAGCUGAAACGGCCCCCCCGGCCAUCCGUGGCGCUCUCGUCAUGCAAUGGCAGAUGUGGACAGCCUUCGGGAUCAUGUUUGGUUAUGCGGCGGACCUUGCAUUCUUUCGAGUGCCCGACUCCCCUGGGAUCGUGGGCCUCAAUUGGCGUCUCAUGCUGGCCUCCGCCAUGUUCCCAGCUGUGGUUGUCUGCUGCUUUGUCUUUACGUGCCCUGAGUCUCCGCGUUGGUACAUGUCACGGAAGCGCUAUGACCGAGCAUACCAGUCGAUGUGCAGUUUGCGCUUUGAGAAGAUCCAGGCCGCCCGCGAUAUGUACUACAUGUACACCCUCUUGGAAGCCGAGAAUUCUAUGAAGCUCGGCCAGAACAUCUUCAUCGAGCUGAUGAACGUUCCUCGCAACCGUCGUGCGAUGAUAGCAUCGGAAAUCGUCAUGUUUAUGCAACAGUUCUGUGGGGUCAACGUGCUCGCCUACUACUCCUCGGAGAUCUUCCUGGGAACCGCCAGCGCGCACUCCAUGCUCACCAUCUCAAACCAGCGCACCGCUCUCACUGCAUCCCUAGGCUGGGGCCUGAUCAACUGGCUUUUUGCCAUCCCGGCCGUCUACACCAUCGAUACCUUCGGCCGUCGAAACCUCCUCCUCACCACAUUCCCGCUCAUGGCGCUCUCCAUGUUCUUCACGGGCUUCAGCUUCUGGAUCCCCGAUGACGCGCAAAACAAUGCCCGCCUCGGCUGUACAGCCCUGGGCACCUAUCUAUUCGGAAUCUUCUACUCGGUCGGGGAGGGCCCGGUGCCGUUUACAUACUCCGCAGAAGCCUACCCGCUCUACGUCCGCUCCUACGGCAUGGCUUUAGCGACCGCCACCACCUGGCUCUUCAACUUCGUCUUGGCGAUCACCUGGCCUUCCCUGCGCCAGGCGUUCAAAGACCAGGGCGCGUUCAGCUGGUACGCCGCGUGGUGUAUUGUCGGGUGGUGGCUGAUUCUCAUGCUCAUGCCCGAGACCAAGGGGAAGACCCUCGAAGAGCUAGACCAGGUGUUUUCGGUCCCUACGCGGUUCCAUGCGGCUUACGGACUGCGCCAGAUUCCUUACGUCUUCAAGCGCUAUGUGCUGCGGUGGCCCGUCCAGCCGGAGGUUUUGUAUGAGCAGGAUGAUUCGUCGGCGAAUCUGGCAGAGACCGGGUUCACCGCCGUGUGCUGAGUUCGAGGUCAGGGUGAUGAUUAUUAUGGUGAGGAGAUUACGCGAAAUGAAAGACAUGGCAUAUACCCCGGCGCAUAUACAACAGGGAGAAUAUUAUACGUGUAAUAUAUGUAUAUAUAUAUAUAUAUAUACUACGGAGUACAUAGG